CUCCGCCUUUCACACACACACGCGCACACUCCAACCUCUCUACAUAGGCUCCCCCAUGGCUAGUUCUGGGAAGGGUAUUUGGCAGGGAGAGAUGUUGGAUCUAGAUUUGCUUCCAGUGAAAGUGACCAGAACCAGUCUUCCUCCCAUAGAUUAAUGGAGAAGUAGACUACAGAACUACAACUUCCUCCUUAAGUGUUAUGGAGAAGCAUAAUGAUCCCGAUAUAAGGUUCAAUAAGAUGGCCCACCAGGAGAUGGGUCUGGUCCAGCCUGUCCCUGUGGCCAAAACCCAGACCAGGGGACAGUGGUCCAGCAAGCUGGAGUUCCUCCUGGCUGUGGCCGGACAGAUCAUCGGCCUGGGGAAUGUAUGGAGGUUCCCAUACCUGUGCUACAAAAAUGGGGGAGGGGUGUUCUUCAUCCCUUAUGUGCUUUUCCUGUUCACCUGUGGCAUUCCCCUCUUUCUUCUGGAGACCUCCCUGGGCCAGUACACCACGCAGGGCAGCAUCACCUGCUGGAGGAAGAUCUGCCCCCUGUUUGAAGGACUGGGUUAUGGUGGUCAGGUGGUAGUUCUGUAUUCCAGCAUCUAUUACAUCAUCAUCCUGGCCUGGGCCUUCUUCUACCUCUUCUCCUCGUUCAGCUCUGAGCUCCCCUGGGCCAGUUGUAGAAACAGCUGGAACACAGCAACCUGCGUGGAGUUUGAUAGAAGAGUAGUAGGAUAUCCAAACUGGACAAUAACAGGAAACGCAACAUCGCCAGUGAGAGAGUUCUGGGAGAGAAGAGUUUUGAAUCUCACAGACAGUGUCUACAAGCUUGGAAAUAUUCGCUGGGACCUAUCUUUGUGUCUUCUAUUGUCCUGGAUUAUCUGUUACUUCUGUGUCUGGAAAGGAGUGAAAUCUACUGGGAAGGUGGUCUAUUUCACUGCCACCUUCCCCUAUGUGAUGCUGUUGGUAUUGCUAGUUCGUGGACUCACACUGCCAGGGGCCAUAGAUGGUAUCAAGUUCUACCUCUACCCAGAUCCAGCCCGCCUCGCUGACCCACAGGUGUGGAUGGAUGCUGGAACACAAAUCUUCUACUCCUAUGCGAUCUGCAUCGGCUGCCUGACCGCCCUUGGCAGCUAUAACAAGUAUGAGAACAACUGUUACAAGGACUGUAUGUACCUGUGCCUUUUGAACAGCGGAACCAGCUUCGUGGCUGGUUUUUCUAUCUUCUCUGUACUGGGCUUCAUGGCUUAUGAACAGGGGACAGACAUCGCAACCGUGGCUGAAUCAGGUCCUGGCCUGGCGUUCAUCGCCUACCCUCGUGCUGUGGCCAUGAUGCCAGUACCCCAACUCUGGGCCAUUUUGUUCUUCAUCAUGAUCAUCCUACUGGGGUUAGAUAGUCAGUUCGUAGGUCUGGAGGCUCUGAUGACAGCUAUCUCAGACAUGUAUCCCUCCUUCUUCCUGGUUGGUCAUCGGCGUAAAAUACUCCUCCUCAUCAUCAGUGUGAGUAGCUUCUUCAUCGGCCUGGUCAUGGUCACAGAGGGAGGCCUGUAUAUCUUCCAGCUGUUUGAUUACUAUGCCUGCAGUGGGAUGACUCUCCUUCUCUUCGCUGUACUACAGUCAGUGUGUGUCAGCUGGGUUUAUGGUGCAGAUCGUCUGUACGAUAAUAUAGAGGACAUGAUCGGUUAUCGACCAUUACCCCUCAUUAAGUACUGUUUGAAGUAUAUCACUCCAGUCAUCUGCACUGCUACGUUUGUCUUCUCCUUGAUUAGGUUUACCCCGCUAAAGUUCAACAACACCUUUGAGUAUACUUGGUGGGGUUACGCCAUUGGCUGGUGGUUCACCCUCUCCUCCACACUCAUAGUUCCUCUGUGGAUGGUGUACAUUGUGAGUGUCACUCCUGGUACACUGCGACAGAGACUGUCUAUCCUCACCACGCCCUCAGAGGAUCUCCCUAUUACCAAGGCCCAGAAAAAGGCCCUCCUGGCCAAGCAGUCCGAGCUGGACAGACCACUGGGGGACAUGAAGAUACCAGCCUGGGGCCACAAUCUCAUAGACAGAGAUACUCUCUCGCUCGCCCACCAUCCCUACAGGCCUGGAGAAAAGCAGGUUCAGCCAGUCACUCACUCUCCUAAAGGUUGUGACACUGUGACUGUGUGACACUGUUUGGUCUGAGUGGGUUAGGAAAGUAUAUAUCAUCCACCACAGGCCUUUUUCUUGGGAGAGUGUUGUGGGCAAGUGCUUUCAAAACACACACUACUUCCUGUGUGUAGCAUUAUUAAGGAGACGUAGCAGCACUGGUUCUGGGAAAGUCUUGGAUGUGGAAAUAGUUUGGGCCAGAACACACUGAAGUGAGAUAGUCAGUAAGGUCCAGCACAAAAGAUGGACCUUUGAAGUUGUGCUUUAACCCUGACUUGGGUCAUGUAGGACACAGUAUUUCAUCGAAAUUCAUGACUUUCUGUCACCGAACAUAGUGGAGACAAAGGCAUAUGACGAUCAUGCUCUUGGUCGCAGUUGGUUAAAUGAUUCUGUAUAUACAUGUGAUCAAACCCUUUUUAAUAAAGAAAGGUAAUAUUUGAUUUGUA